GCAUGCUCCUAAGGAUCAGGACUCCUGGUGUUGUGUUGGGGGGUGGGGGGAGGUUACUGAGAGAAGACUUGCUAGACUCAGAAGUGGCGGAGCGGUGAAUUGGCAAAGAACGAGGGCUGUGGUGCAUCCAAUGGCUGUGUGACAGGUGGAACUCCCGACAACUGUGCUGUUCGUUGGCUUACAUGUUCCCCUGCCCCAUAUUUCGUCCCAAUGCUGAUUCCUUUGCGGAAUGCGGUGAUGCAAGUGGCCAGAGGAUUUUUUUAGCUUCCUUAGGUAUUUCCAUGGAGUGGGCUUAGCUUCCAGACCCCUUGAACCCAGGAGCCGUCUGCCCUGCAUUAAACUGAUGAAAAUGGCAUAAACUGGUGAUGGAGAUUUGACCCAAGCUUUAAAGAAAAAUGCCAAGAAAACGAGUGCUGGAAAAAGACGAUGCUCUCAAAGUGAAGCGGACUAAAGUCAGCCAUCACUCCCACCAAAUAGAGUCUGGGCUGGUGUUGACGCUGGGGCAAGGUGAUCUCGGGCAGCUGGGCCUUGGGCCGGACAUCCUGGCACGGAAGAGGCCUGCCCUGGUGAAGCUCUCUGAGAAAAUCAUCCAGGCGGAGGCAGGAGGGGUCCACACCGUGUGCCUCAGUGAGACGGGCAAGAUCUACACCUUUGGGUGCAAUGACGAGGGUGCCCUGGGAAGAGACACGUCAGAGGAGGGGUCUGACUCUGUGCCGGGGCUCGUUGAUCUGAAGGAGAAGGUGGUGCAGGUGUCGGCCGGGGACAGCCACACGGCAGCCUUGACGGAGGAUGGACGUGUUUUCAUCUGGGGCGCUUUCCGGGACGAGAACGGCGUCAUCGGCUUGCUGGCGCCUACGAAGGGCCAAGAGCACCUGGAGUCCGCAAACGGUAGUGCUUUUCCGGUGGAGCUGCAGUUGGACGUGCCAGUUGUUAAAAUUGCCUCAGGUAGCCAUCACUUAGCUUUAGUGUCCACGGCUGGCAGCCUUUACACCUGCGGUUGCGGAGACAACGGCCAGCUCGGACGUGUGCCCCAAGUCUUUGCGGUCAGAGGAGGAAGGAGAGGGCUGGAGCGACUGCUGCUUCCUCAGGCUGUCACCAUCAAGCAGAGAGGCUGCAAGACCAAGGGGCAGAUCCGGGACGUCUUCUGCGGCUCCUACUCAACCAUUGCCAUCACCCAGGAGGGCCACGUCAUUGGAUUCGGCCUUUCCAAUUACUACCAGCUGGGCUCACAAGGAAUCGACACUUACUAUUCCCCAAAGAUUUUGACUGCGUUCAGGAAUUCCACCAGGUCCUGGGUUGGCUUCUCCGCUGGACAGCAUCACACGGUGUGCCUGGACUCGGAAGGAACAGUGUAUAGUCUGGGCAGGGCCGACUAUGGCAUGUUGGGCCUGGGCAAAGGAGUCCAAGAGAAGAGCACGCCCACGGCCAUCCCUGGGCUGCCCAGAGCAUCUUCAGUGGCCUGCGGGGAGCGAGUUGGCUAUGCGGUCACAGAAGAUGGUCGAGCGUUUGCCUGGGGCAUGGGGUCCAACCUGCAGCUUGCCACGGGGGACGAAGAGGAUGCCUGGAGCCCUGUGCAGAUGUCUGGGCAGCAGCUGGAAAACCGCAAUGUUCUCUGUGUGACGGGUGGUGGGCAGCACACCGUCUUACUGGUGAAGGACCGGCAGAGUUGACGGACUCCUUGCAGCCCCCGCGAGAAUCGUCCAGGCGUGCCAGCAUUUCGAGUUCCCUGAAAGGGACUUGGAAGACUGGCUUCCGAUGGCUUCCCGAGAAGGGGAAACUGUUCCGCCUGUAUCUGUGGAGGAGAAAAUUAGCUGAUAUAAAAAUUACUCUCUCAGAUGCUGGGAUUUGUUUAAAUUCAAAAUGGCUUCCCUUGUGGCUCUCCAAAGAUCGGUGGUUGGGAGGAUACGGCCUUUAUUUUUUUUAACUUUUUAGAAUCAGUCGACAGAUUUCUCUUUUAGAAACAUGCCAGUGUCCAUCUGCUUUGGCUUUUUAUGGGCUCUUUUCCCAGCCUCGGCCCUCGAUUCAGAAUUGGCUUGUAGCAUCAGGUCAGGGGCUUUUCUCUGCUAAUCUUGCGACCUUUGUUCCCCCUUUCUCUUUUAUGCUUUGUUUUUAAAGGUCUUUGCCCACUGAAAAAAUCAGGCGGUUAUCCCAUCUCCAGCCCUCUGUUUCUCCUGGCUAUUGAGAAAAGCAUACGUUGCCUCCUCUUUUUAAUGUAGGGUUUGGUGCUCAUUUCUUUCUAAAGCUUCCAGCCAUCCUGGCCAAACAGGAUGGGGGAUUCAGGAGCAGAGCGAGACGGGGGACUGUGUGUGCGUCCAUCUCCACCAGGCUGCUCCCUGCGUAGGGCCUGAGCCUGGCUGGGGCCCACGCUUAUUCAGUGUGGAUGCCCUGGAGCAUUCUUCCCCACUUGGUCCCCCAUCCAGGUAGAUCUGACCACAACUCCCAUCUCUCAGCCCCAAAGACCUCGGGAUAAUGGAGGAGUCCAGCUUGGAAAGGCUGCCCUGGCUUCUGCUAGCAGCAGGGGGCAGUCUGUGUUCCAGAGAGGGUCGAUUCCCCAUCCUUUUAAGAAUCCCAGAUUCCUCAGGUGUAGCUUCCCUGAUCAGGUUUGCUGGGGGCGGGUGGUGGCAGGGGGCGGGUUUGGGGCAUCACUGCCUCUGCUGGCUUAUUUUGGGAAGCCUUCAGAGGAAGGAGCGGAGGGCAAAUCCCCCCCCCCCCCGGCAACGUUCUGUAGGUGGUCACAUUAAUGGGUGGCUGCAAUCUUUGGGUUGAGUGGGAAUAUCGCCCUGACCGUCCAGGUUGCCAUCUGUGUUAGCCUCCACCUGUCAUGUGAUGCCUUGGCCUAGGCAGGUGCCUGCUCCUGCCCCCCCCCCCCCAAUAUGACACCGCUGUCCACAUCUGGCUCAGAGCCUGCUUUCCACUUGCAAAGCAACACUUCCACUCACAGUGAUGGCGCUUGAGAACCUCGUGUGUCUAGCAGACCAACUUCAGAGUCUCUUUGUGGUUGCCACAGUGUCCCUUGGCUUGCCACUGUGAUUGUCCCGCGCUCUUGACCAGGUAGAGGCAGCCUGGCUGGGACACUUCCUGUUUAAGACUGCACGCUUUUUAAGAAACUGGCUUCCAUGGCUGCAGGUGUGGGGCAGGUUUGCGGACUUUCGCCCUCUGUAAAGCCGAGGGAGGAAGGCAAGCCUGAAUGCGAGCCAUGUGGUAUCCAGCUUGCGACGGAGACGGUUGCGCCUCCUCUGAUCUCCUGCAGCCACAUUCGGAAGGAUGGAAAAGUUUUGCGAAGGGCCACCGUGCAGAGAGCGUAUAGUGAGGCACGGGGUGGAGGAGGUUGGAGAAGCAAGGAAAGUGAAGCAAAAACAUGCUGGUGGUGUUCACUGAAGAGUUUCAAAUCUGUAAAAUUAUAACGUUUGAAAUAAAUUGAGUUUUGAUA